GCAUUGAUUGGACGUUCAACUUUAUAUAAGGGGAAAGCAUACAAAAUCACUGUCUGUAUGCUGUAUUCUUAGAUCUUCGUCUACAUCAUUGUAGACAUUGAACAUACCUUCCAGCUGAAUGAUAUUAUACAUCCAAACUCGCAAUGAUCCCACCAGUUAUCAUUUGGCUUUUACUGUCCCUUCCUUCUCCAACAAGCCCAGCAUGUUUUCUGGGCAAAGCAGCUGACUGUCAAGAAGCUGAUUAUGCACCGGGGUCUGACUUGGCUGGGGAGGGCUACGACAUCACUAAGAUGCAACGCCUUGGGACUUUUGUCAUUGACAUGAGCAAAUGGGAGCUCGAGAACAACACGUGUAACCUUUGCAAAAACCCAUUUUUGCAGGGCAAAAAGCAGAAGCUUCCAAAGGCGGUGGUAGAUUGGCGGGCUGCUCAUAAAUGCAGGUCUUCAUUGUCCAGCUCUGUUUUUGAGUCUAGUGAAUCCCUAGUAAGUUCCAGUGCCUCCUCUGUAGAGAACAACUGGAAGGUUGGCCUGGGAAUCGGUAAUUUGGUAGCAAAGGCAUCGGUGAUGUUGGCUGGCACUAACUCCAGACUUGCUGAAUACUCCAUGGCAAAAACCAAGAAGGACAAAUUCAGCUUUAUUAAACAAUCGGUGUCCUGUAAAUACUACAGUUACAGGCUCUCCAGCAUGAUCCCUAUUCAUCCUGAACUGAAUCAUGAAUUUACAAAACUUCCAGAGAUUUACGACAACCAAACGAAAGAAAGCUACUUGUCACUUGUGGAAAAGUUUGGCACUCAUUACAUCACAAAGGUGAAACUGGGUGGAUCUGUGGGAUCUGUCACCAGUGUCAAAGAAUGCAUGGCCAGUCUGCAGGACCUUAGUUCAGAUGAGAUUAAAACAUGUUUGGAUGUAGAAGCAUCUGCAAGCUUCAGGAAUAUCAAAGUAGACACAGCAUACCGUCACUGCAAGCAGGCCAAAGACAAAAAACUGAACAAGGACACUUUUGCUCACAGCUAUAGUGACAGGUUAUGCGAGAUCACCGGUGGUCACACUGACGACCCAACUCUUCUCUUCUCAUCUCAAAAUGACCCGGGCGCUUAUAAAACUUGGCUCUCCUCUGUACCAGAAAAACCAGAUGUGAUUUCCUUUUCAUUGAAGCCCCUUCAUAAAUUGCUGCCGGUCGAGAACCCUAAACAAAAGCAAUUACGCCGAGCCAUUCGUGACUACAUACUGCAGAGGGCCCUUUUGAGGAACUGCUCUACCCCAUGCAAGACCGGAGUCGCAACUAACCCCAAGGAACCUUGCGCGUGCACCUGCCAUAACAAUCCAGCAGUUAGGGCUAACUGCUGCCCCGCACAGCUUGGAUCUGCUCAGGUAACUGUGAUCGCAGUGAGGGCAACAGGUCUAUGGGGCGAUUACUUCUCACAGACUGAUGGGUAUGUCAAGGUCCUCAGAAAUCGUAAGAUCCUUCUUGGUCAAACAGGAAUUAUUUGGAAUAAGAACUGGCCUGUCUGGAAUUGGCCAUUUAAUCUUGGUAACAAUGUCCUUUCGAAGUUUGGUGUUCUCACACUAGAGGUAUGGGAUAGGGACAGCGGGUGGGAUGAUGAUCUCCUGGGAACUUGCAACAUUCAGCUUAAAGCUGGCACUAAAACUCAUAUCUGCAGACUCAACCAUGGUUUGCUGUACUAUAAGACCAAAGUAACUUGUGCUCCUGGUUUAAGUGGCUCCUUUUGCUCAAAGUAUAGUGGCGUUCCAAUGUCCUCUAAUCUGGAAAAAAUAUAUGCGUCACGACACGCCCAGCCUCUUCCGAAAGAUGUACUGCUGAAAAUGGGAGUGCUGUUAGAUGAUCGACGCUUUUCGUUCAGGCAGAACCUUUCUGGUUCUGACCCAAUGAAACGCGGCGAUCUGCCUCCAAUUUUUGAAGUCACACAAAAAACGCGCAAAAUGUAUGACAAUUUAAAAUAAUGCAUUUUAUUAAUCAAUUAAAAGUAGGCAGAAAGAUUUAAGCAGAAAGAUUACGGUUUUGCAUCAUAGCAUUUUGCUUUUUUAUUAGCAUUACAUUUGUUUGAUUUUGCUUCAUUCAAUAUGUGAAAUCCAGGUUAAAGUCUCAUAAUCUAAUGAGGAAAUUAAGAGCA